UACUGCCCGUCCUGCAGGUAUUAUUUCAUUGGCAAUUGGAAAUAAAGAAAAAUGCAGGCAGCGGCGGUCGUGCAAAUUUCGGCAAGAUGACUGAUAUCACCACCGUGGUCACGCAAACUGCUUUGCCAUAUGUUGUGGUGCCCCGUGAGAAAGCAUGGUACGCUGUCGACCUACAGCUGCUGCAGUUCAUCACUGAGGACUUGCACCAUAGCGGCGGCACGUUCACCUCCGCAAUCCACGUGUGGGCGGGUAAGCAUCCUGAGCAGGCGCAGCAAAACCUCAUUCUGGGCGAGGAUAUGACACAGACGUGCCACACGCGUGUGCGUCUGGAGGACGCGUGGUACUUGCACGACGCCAUCCGUUUGGCAGGUGCCGGCGCUAGGGGCAUCGGGUGGUCGUUCACGCCAGACGGCAUAGAAAGCGGCCUUACGAGCAUCGCGGCAUGUGUGCGUCAGGCGCACUUAACGCGUGUCGCAGAACACGUGCGGACGUGUCCGAAAUGCGUCGGCAAGCUUGUCGUUUUGCUUGAUGGCAAGCACGGCGCCCGUCGAUUCAUUUGCGGCGGUUUGGAGGGGUAUGAACCCAUGCAGGGUCUGGAACUGGAGCUGUACACAGGCUGCCAACGAAAUGCCCCAACGAAGCAGUUCUUCUGUAAAUGGUGCCGGCCGUCGACCAUAGAGCAAGCGCAUAUGAUCCCCCAGGAGAAGAUCUUGGGGAUCGCUGCUCCCGGAUCGGCGUCCAGCGGCGACUCAGCGCUGCGCUACGUGGUGCGAUGUCACGACCCCGACUUGCCCGAGCGGCCCUUCGAGGCGCACUUACCGCGAGCCGAGGUGCGCAAGGAACUGUUGGCGGAAUUCGAGAAGUCGCUGCUUCGGAACAGAGGGGACCACGGCAACAAGAAGACACGCCCCGCGUGGAUCAAGGGGGCCCGGCAACUUUCGCGCUGGCUGACGAAGCAGUCGUCGGCUUGCGGGCCGCCCAGCUCGGUCGGGGCGAGUCGUGGCGCAGACGCCCAGAGAGGAGGCAAGGAGGCUCAGCGCGGACCCGCUGCUAAGGUUCGAGCCCCGACGACUGGCGGGGCAGCGAGCAAGCGGGGCAAGGCUGCGGGCACUUCGCGCCGAGUAAAAAGAGCUGGCGUCGGCAGAGGCCCGGCCGCCACAGCGCCGAGGCAGUCAGCUCGCGCCAAGUCGACGAAGCGGCCGGCGGCGGCCGACGUGAGCAGCGACGCCAGCAAGUUCCGCUCAUUGAGUAGCCGCUGCAGGGGGCGGCUAGCCCUGGACGACAAGCAGGAGGAAUCCAUCCAGGCGUGCGGCGUUGACAAACUCCACGGAAGCAACAGAGUCAGACGUUGCACUGGCGGCGUCGUGACAGCAGUGACAUCGCGCGGCUUGUUGGUGGACUGGAUGGAGCUCUUCCGAGGCGAGUCCAUCGAGCUGGCGUAUGCGUUCGCGCCGCGGCUUCACAAGGAUGCCCGCGAGCUGGGCUUCGUCAUUGCGGCUCUGGGAUACGAUAAUGCUUGCAAGCUCUUGUCGCUUGCCCGGGUGAAGAAAGAAGAUUACUUGCCGUGGGCGCGGUCUUUCGUGGACGAAGUGCGCAUGGUGUUGGACCGGUUCCACCGAGACAACCACGCGCGGUGCUUGAACAAGAUGCCAGAGAUGCAUUGGUGGAUUCUUUUCGAUGCUCACAACCAGUGGCUCGAGCGGGAAGCGGCGUGCAAGCGCAGACGUCUCGAGCGCAAGACGAGUAAAGCAGCUGAGCUGGGAGUUGGCAAGCCGCCCAUGAUGUUUGGCUUGGCCUUCAGUGGGGCCUACGUUGCAGCAGCUCCGAAUGCCCGCCGUUCAGGGCGCGGCGCUGAUGCGUGCCAGCAGGCUCCCGCAUUGACGAAAGGAGAGAUUCGGACUGUGUGCCGGAUCUUGGAGAGCCACAACCCAUUCCCCGAGCAGGCAGUGCGGCGGGCAACCCCGCUCAUGUGGGCUGUGGCUUCGGCCUUGGGACAGGCGGCCUCACUGCAUGCGUCGUGUGUGUACGUCCACCUCGUGAUUCUGGUGGCCACAACGCUCGGGGCAGUCCAGAUCAAGUACGGUGGAAUACUAUCCCGACAUUGCAAUCUGCUCAUGCUCCAACAUGGCCAACCUGGGGAUGGCAAGUCGGUUGCGCUGUGGUUGGACGUACAAGUGCUGGCGUUCUUCGACAUGAUACGGGAGAGGCGCGCCAAGAAAAAGCACGACGAGGCCUGCCAGAAGCGCAAGGACGACCCAGAGAACCACCCAGAGCCAGCGAAAAAAGAACACGUUAAAGACACCAUCUUCAACAAGGGGACCUUCAUCGGCCUCGGGAAUUUCAUGCAGGCGCAGGGGGAGACAGCAUUUCUUGCUCUACACGAGGGGAAGACAUGGUUACCGCAAACCUUCGACAACGGCCCAGGCGGCGGCAUCGACGACCUGAACCAAAUUCACGAUCAUGACAUGUACAAGAACCAUCCUGGGAAUACGCAGAACCGAUUCCCAGUGCGAAACCCGCACUUGUGCGGAGCGGUCAUGAUGCACAUCGAAGAACUGUACGACCAGGCGCAGAAGCCCGACACGACCGCGGGCAUGAUGCGUUUCCUGAUUGGCCACUUCCCAGCUGUUGUUAACAAAAUCCGUCCAGAUGUGCCGCCAUCUCAAAUUACGCGCCUCCUGCAGGACGACCCGGACUACUUCAACGACCUUGACUACGACGACGUCGUAACCGCCAUUGGCAAGAUCAUGCUGGUGGCAUCGGCGCUUUAUGUGCGAGGCGUAGAGCGUGCGGACGAGAAAGACAACAACAGGUACUCCAGGGUGCGGGGGACGCACUUCCUGCCGUGGAAACCAGAAGUGAAGGACCACUUCCGCAAGCAAUUUAACAGGGCAGCGGACUGCGUACGGGAGGAGGCACGCGCGUCUAAAGGCGCAGAGGAGAACAGCGAGUAUGCCGCUGCGCGGAAGGACAUGACGAGAACGCUCCAGUUCAUCCCCCCGGUGGACAUUGGGGAGAAGGUCAUCGACUAUUUGUUGAAGAAGGCUGGGAAGACGUCGGAGAUGGUCAAAGAGAUGACAGGCGAGGAUAUCGUGACGUGCCUCGGGAAAGGCACCGUGCCCCAUGACUUCGUUGACUCUGUGGACGUGACCGCGAUCGCCCCAGAGAUGCACGCCGCUUCGCGGGGGACACGGCCGGAUCGAAUGUCUGAGCGCGCCAAGCUAGCAGCCAUGCCUCCUGCCACGCUGGCAUCCAUCGAAAAGAUUGUCAGCCCAUCGGUGUGCGCGAGGGUGAACCUCAUGUCGACCCUCCGCAACGUCGCCAAGAAUUGGGACAUGAAGGCCUUCGCCCAGAAUCCAUGCACGACAGAGGUACAGAUUCACGCCGUGCACGUGGACCUCAUCAUCUUAACCAUGAUGGGUUUCCUGGCAGACAACGAGAACUUCGUCAGGGCGGCCAACAGGAUGAUGGACUGGGACCCGGACGUCUCCCUCGAGGAGUUGAGGCAGCUCGUGCCGCGAGGUGCUGACGACCGGGAGGAGGGCGACCAAGCGGACCUUUUGGACGGCAAGGAAGUGGACUUCGUGGCGCUGCAGGCGGUGGAAGCGCCCUGCAUCGAGAAUGUACCGAAAGAGCCCAUCCCCGCGUCCCAGGCCGAGGGUGCAGAGGCGCCGCCGCAGAAGAAGCUACGCGUCGAGCCGCCCUUGCAGCAGGAGGACUUCAAGAAGGAUGCCGGCAUCGUGAAGAAGGUGUUGCUGUCGGCAAUGCAGUCGACGCAGGAUCCGUGCAAGCUGUCGAAGAACGCGAAUUCUUUCAAUGGCAACUCCGACGCCAUCGAAGCGGCGAUUCGCCUGGCGUUCCGCUUCAUGGUGUCGGCUGGCCUGGCCGCGUGGAAUCCAGCUGAAGGUCAAGGCGUUUCCAUUCGGAGCCCGCCCCCCGAGAACGCCGAGGACGUUUACAAGGAGCUCCAGGAGAGGCUCAGUUUGUCAGCCAAAGUCCUGCGCAAGCUGCAGGAAUCCAUGGGCGUGAAGACCGAGGCAAACGAGUUCAACUUCGAGGAGUUCAAGCGCGUGAGCGCGCUGCUCGGCGAGAGCCUGCAGACGGCGUGAGCGCGCGCAGGAUAGGUAAGUAGACCAGGGUGCGUCGGUCCAGAAGCAGUGCACACGCAGAUUAGUUAUAUUUUCAAGCUCCGCGCAGCUUCUAGGGAACGCCGCUGGGGCUGGCGGGGGCCCAAAGGCGAAGUGCUCCCCAGACGCGCGGCGAGUGCCGUGGGGAAGCGCGCGUGAGCACGCGGCAGCCCGAAGACGGCCCAAGAUGGCCGCAAAACGGUCCAAGAUGGCCACAAGAC